AUGAAGUUCGCGACUCUCCUCUUCCUUCUCCCAGCCGUCCUCGCCCUCCCAACCGAGCAGGCGCAAGACUCCAACUCCAUCGAUCCGAACCGCAAAUUCCGCUGUCCCGACAAGGUCCAGGGCUUCUGCUCCGCGUCCAACAUCAAAUCGGGAUGCAGCUCAGACGGAAAGUUUCAUUCCGAGGCCAUGGACACAUGCGGUGACUGUGCAUGUGACUGA